AUGGAUCUGCAAACAGUCUUAGUUCUCGUCCUGUUGUUUCUGGCGGUCUUCUUGCUGGUCUAUCGGAGGGGACGUCGGCUGAACCUCCCCCCGGGACCCCGGGGGCUUCCUGUCGUGGGGAACCUUCUCAGUUUGCUUCCCAGCAAACUGCUGUCCAACAUGGCGGCCUGGCGUCAGCAGUACGGGGAUGUGUACAGUGUGAGGUUCAUGAAUAGGGUCAUUGUUGUGCUAUGCGGACAUAAAGCCAUCCACGACGCUCUGGUGAAACAGCCGGAGAUAUUCUCAGACCGACCGUCUAUGCUGAGCCGGACCCUCAGACGCGACCCUGGUUUGGUGAUGGCUCCUUACGGAGAACGUUGGGCAGAGCGACGCCGGUUCGCCCUGUCAGCCCUCCGACAGUUCGGCAUGGGAAGGCGCAGCGCCGAGGGAAGGAUUCUGGAAGAGACGACAGCACUGUGCGCUGCUAUACGGUCUCUAGAUGGAGCGCCGGCCGACAUAUCCCAUUUCCUAGGUAACGCCGUAUCAAAUAUCAUCUGUUCUAUGUCGUUUGGAAACCGAUUCCAGUAUGACGACGAAGAGUUUAAGCGUUUGUCGCACGCGUUUUCGUACCUCGUGGGCGGGCGUAACAGAAUAGUUGGUAUGCUCCUGCAAUUUGUCCUGCCACUUUUGAGGAAACUUCCCAUGACGAGUAACUGGCGUAGUCACGGGAUACAGAUGAGUGACUACAUCAUAGAGUUCAUCAUGAAACGCGUGGAGGAACACAAGGCGAGUUUCGACAGGUCGGACAUCAGAGACAUCAUCGACGUCUACUUGAGCGAAGACGCUGGCAGCGGCGUGAAUGAGGAGGCACUUGGCACGGUCAUCCGAGAUCUCUUCAUUGCCGGUUCUGAAACAACAGCGACGACGUUGAAGUGGGGGCUGCUCUACACUUCCCUGAACCCAGACGUGCAGACCAAAGUGCAAGAAGAGAUUGACCGCGAGUUCCCGUCUGGAGAAGUUCCGCCAUGGUCAGAGCGCGGACGGCUGCCCUACACCGAGGCAACCAUCAUGGAAAUCCAGCGGAUCCGUGCGAUCGUGCCUCUGAACCUUUUCCAUGGAACCAGCGCAGACACAACCCUGUACGGAUACGACAUCCCGGCCGGUUCGUACAUCAUCCCGAGUCUGUGGUCCGCCAUGAUGGAUCCAGAGGUCACGCCUGAACCGGAGAAGUUCCGACCUGAAAGGUUCCUGGAUGAAGAAGGGAAGGUGGUCAAACCGGAAUGGUUUUUACCUUUUUCCGCAGGCCGGAGACGGUGUUUGGGAGAACAGCUUGCCAAGAUGGAACUGUUUCUCUUCUACACAAGCCUGCUGCAGCAGUUCACCUUCAAACUGCCUGAUGGCGCCCCUACACCACCCAUGGACGGCGCUCUUGGAACUGUCUUGAGCCCUGCACAGUAUGACAUCUGCGCCAUUCCCAGACACACUUCAUAAAGCAGAGAAAUAUACAGGAAAAAGAAAUGA